AUGGACGCCGGCGUGGACGCCCGUCCUCCGCAGCUUCAGGCUGCGAAUCUGUCCGCGGCGCCCGACGGGGACCCGCCGCCGAGCAGCAGCCCGGACAGCCCCCUCGAGAUCGACCACAUGCCCGUCGACGGCAUGGACAUGAACUUCAACGAGGACGAGCCCAUCACGGUCGCGGUGCUCCAGGAGCCGGAGGAAUCCGCUGUCGAAUCCUACACGGUGAUGUUCAUCCCCGAGGCCGAGGACACCAUCGACGAGCCCGCGCUGAAGAUCAUCCGCACCGAGGACGUCGCGGACGCGGACGUCGGGCGCCGCGAGUCCCUCGGCCGGCGCCCCAGCAGCCGCGUCAAGCACUUGCGAGAGCUCGGGCUGCACGUCAACACCACCGAGGCCGAGCUGCCGCCGGGCGUCGUGGACGUGCCGCCCGAGGAGAUCCUCCCGGAGAUCGAGUGGGUGCCGGAGAGCUACGAACACACCGCGAAAGUCCUCGUCGAGAAGUUCAACGCCGUCUUUCUGGAGUCGGGCGACGAGAACGCCGUGACGCAGUACGCGGGGCACCUCAUCGCGAAGGACCACAUGGACAGCAACUUCUACGUGUGCGACAUCGGCUGCGUGUUCCGGCUGUACCAGGCCUGGCGCGAGGCGCUCCCCCGCGUGCGCCCCUUCUACGCGGUCAAGUGCAUGCCGGACCGCGGCCUCGUCAGCACGCUCGCGGCGCUCGGCGCCGGGUUCGACUGCGCGACGGCGCACGAGAUCGAGCUGGCGAUGCAGUGCGGGGCGGGCGCCAACCGUAUCAUCUUCGCGCACCCGCAGAAGAUGCCCCGCGAGAUCAAGGCCGCGCGGGCCAAGGGCGCGCACCUGACCACCUUCGACACCGCCACCGAGCUGCGGAAGAUCGCGCAGCACGACCCUGACGCCAAGCUCGUGCUGCGCAUCCGCGCGGACGACCCGAGCGCCAAGUGCCAGCUCGGGAACAAGUACGGCGCGGAGGAGCACGACUGGGAGCAGCUCUUCGCGACCGCGGCGCGCAACGGGCAGAAGGUCGUCGGGGUGUCGUUCCACGUCGGCUCCAACGCGGCCGACACGAACGCGUACGCGCGCGCGGUGCAGCAGGCCGACAAGGCGUUCAAGAUGGCGGCCGCGCACGGGUUCGGGUCGUCGAUGAAGCUGCUGGACAUCGGGGGGGGGUUCCAGGCCAAGUUCCGGGAGGACGGCAGCGUGGACAUGUCGUGGGCCGAGGUCGUGCGCGACGCGAUCGACGAGUGGUUCCCGCCCGAGCGCGGCGUGAAGAUCAUCGCGGAGCCCGGGCGGUUCUUCGCGGAGGCGCCGUUCGCCAUCGCCACCACAGUGUACGGUCGGCGCGUGCGCAAGCUGCCCAGCGGCGGGCAGGCGAUGGACUACUGGAUCACGGACGGCAUCUACGGCUCGAUGAACUGCCUCCUCUACGACCACGCCGACCUCAAGCCCGCGGUCCUCAAGAACCCCCUGGAGGACAUCGUCAAGUCCCCCUCGGGCGACGUGCGGCCCGCGCAGCCCGUGGCCACGCGCGCGCUGUACCCGACGACGCUCUUCGGCCCGACGUGCGACGGCGCGGACAAGGUCGUGGAGGGCAUGAUGAUGCCGGAGCUCAACGAGGGGGACUGGGUGCUGUUUUUCAAGUUCGGCGCUUAUACCUUGGCGGGCGCGGUGAACUUCAACGGGUUCCAGGUGGACCAGGACGCGAUGCACGUGCACUACAUCUUCUCGCUCGAGCCCGGGGAGACCCCGCAGGGCGUCGCGGCGGGGGACGAGGUGUAG